GACCGUCGAGCGGGACCGAGGGACCCAAACCCUCCAAAGAGGAAGAACUUACUUUGGCUUUUUUUUCUUUUUGUUUGGACGUUUAGAAAUAAAUCAAACCUUUUUUGUGCAACCACUCGUGACUCCCAGCAGAUUCUUUUUGCCCACACCCGUGGAUUGCCACAUAUGGUGGAGGAUGCGGGCAAUUCUUUAGUUCCACCGCCGUAACCCCGAAAGCAGGAGACUAUGGGAGAAGCAAUGGAGGCCGCGAUGGCCAGGCUUCUCCAAGCCCAGGCGCAGCAGGUGCAGAGCAUGGCAGCCCUUCAGGGGACAUUCGACCGGCUGGCUGAGAACUUAACCCCAAGGGCCCCUCACGCGUCCCCAACAGCUCUACUCACAAAGCAGACCCCCGGAGACGAUGUGGAGGCCUUCCUUGAGGUCUUCGAACGAACGGCAGAACGUGAAGGCUGGCCGGAAGACAGGUGGGCACACAUUCUGGCGCCUUUUCUGACAGGGGACGCCCAGAGGGCGUACCAAGACCUCGGGACCAGGGAGGCUACAGACUACCCAACGCUGAAGGGGGCCAUCCUGGCCCACUAUGGGCACAAUUUAGCCGGCCGCGCCCAGCGGGUCCACGAUUGGGUGUACGACCCCCAGGGUCCCGUGCGGAGCCAGGUGGUGCGCCUGGGGAGGCUUACCCGUAGCUGGUUGGUGACCGGGGAGGGUCCAGCUGCCAUCGACCGCGUCGUUAUGGACCGCUGCAUCCGGGCCCUGCCUCUCGACGCCAAGCGAUGGGCAGCCCAGAACCACCCCGCGUCGGUGGACGAGCUGAUUAACCUACUGGAGAACCAUCGGGUCAGCCAGCAGAUGACGGCGGGGACAUGCCCUGCUCCCCGAGGCCUUGAGGGACGGGCUCCGAUCCGGCCAUCAGCAACCCUUCUUCGCCCGGCUCCGAGAACCGCUCCGCGCCCAACACCCGACAGGUCUGAGUGGAGAUGUUUUUCGUGCGGCCAGUUAGGACAUAUUGCCCGGCAGUGCCCUGCGGGCGAUGUGCCCAUGCCCUCCGCCAGCACGGAGGAACAGCACCGCCCAGGGAGGUGCCUCAUGACUACCUGUUGGACCCCCCCGAUACCCGGCGCCGCAACUGUGCCGGUUCGGGUGGGGAACCAGGACACCUCAGCCCUGAUAGAUUCGGGUAGUGUGGUUACCCUGAUCCGCCCUGAGUGGGCGGAAGGAGAAGAGGGGCCACGCAUCGAGGUGACCUGCGUCCAUGGGGACCUCAAGGCAUAUCCAACGAGAUGGAUCCAGGUGUGUACCCCCCGGGGAUCUUUUUCCAUACGGGCUGGGCUGGUUCCCGACCUCCCGGUCCCCAUGAUCAUUGGACGCGACUGCCCCAUUUUUGAGAGAUUUUGGGGUCUGCGACCGAGGGGAGGGCACGAUAGGGCCUCCCAGCCAAGACCCAUCCGACGCGGGAGACCCAGGGCUGCCUGUGCGGCCCACGCUCCGUCCGGUUCGUCCGACGAGGGCCCCCCGGAAGAGGCAAGACCCCUUCCCCCCUCGCCUUCGACUGCACCAGGAGGCUCCAACCGGGCGGUGGGCCGAACCCCCGAUACGGACACCGCUACGGAGGGAUCCCAAAUCCCCAGAGGGGGGGAGGGCGGGAGCCUUACGGAGUUCUCAGAAUUCCCCUUAGUCGCGGACGGGAUGGGGAACAGAGAGGGCCAGUUUGCUACAGCCCAGAAAGAAGACGACACCCUGAAACACGCCUGGGCUCGGGUGCUCGCCCACGACGGACAGCCCAUCGACCCGGUGAGUGCCUUGUCUUACCCCUUCUUUGUUACAAAAAAUUCAUUGCUGUAUAGGAUGUGCCAGAAAGGAGGGCAGACAGUCGAACAGUUAGUAGUCCCUCGCCCCUACACCAGUAAGGUAUUGUAUCUGGCCCACUCCCACCUUAUGGGCGCUCACCUAGGGAUGGAUAAGACACGGGAGAGGAUAGAAACCCGGUUUUACUGGCCCGGCAUGAAAAGGGCAGUCGUGGAUUAUUGCGCCGGCUGCCCAGAGUGCCAACUAGUGGCCCCCCGGCCCUCAGUGAGGCACCCGCUAAUCCCCCUGCCAAUUAUCGAAGAACCAUUCGAGCGACUUGCCAUGGACAUUGUAGGUCCACUGCCCAAAACUAGUAGGGGUCAUCGAUACAUCCUAGUGAUCAUAGACUAUGCAACCAGAUACCCGGAAGCUCUACCACUGCGAGCUGCCACCGCCAAAGCGGUGGGUAAAGAAUUGUUCUUAUUGUUCAGUAGGGUAGGAAUAGCAAAGGAAAUCCUCACUGACCAGGGCACUUGUUUCAUGUCAAGGGUUUUAAAAGAAAUGUUAAGACUGCUACAGGUGAAGCAACUACGAACAUCAGUUUAUCACCCCCAAACGGACGGCCUGGUAGAACGGUUCAACCAGACGCUAAAACGGAUGCUUAAGAAGGUAAUGGAGGCCGAUGGGAAGAACUGGGACCAAUUGCUACCCUACGUUCUGUUUGGGGUAAGAGAAGUGCCUCAGGCGUCCACAGGGUUCUCCCCGUUCGAGCUGCUGUACGGGAGAAGACCCCGCGGACUUUUAGACAUCGCUAAGGAAGCCUGGGAGAGUCAGCCUUCACCCCAUCGCACCAUCAUCGAGCAUGUGGACCAAAUGAGGACCCGGAUGGCCCAAGUCUGGCCAGUAGUGAGGGAACACCUGCAACAGGCACAGCAGGCCCAAGCCAGAGUGUACAAUCGGGGUGCCCAGGUACGUGCCUUCCAACCAGGAGAACGUGUUCUUGUGUUGGUCCCCAGCGCAGACUGCAAGUUCCUGGCUAAGUGGCAGGGACCCUAUGAGGUGGUGACACGGGUCAAUGAAGCCAACUAUCAGAGUCUUCCAGGACCGCCGGCGCAACCCACCCCGGCCCUUACCGCUCGGAUCCCGUUACCGAAUGUGCCCAUGGGAGACCAUCUCAGCCCGAGUCAGCUGCAAGACCUACGUGAGGUAGUGUGGCAGCACCUGGAUGUCUUCUCCGACCUGCCGGGCAGGACCGCCGUGGCCACCCAUGACAUAAGGACCGAGCCAGGAGUAACGGUUCGGGUGAAGCCGUAUCGUGUCCCCGAGGCGAGGAGAGAGGCCAUCAGGCAGGAGGUGAGUAGAAUGCUCCAGCUGGGGGUCAUUGAGGAGUCCCACAGUGCCUGGUCCAGCCCAGUGGUACUGGUGCCCAAGCCAGAUGGCUCUUACCGUUUUUGCAAUGACUUUCGUAGACUCAAUGACGCCUCCCAGUUCGAUGCCUAUCCUAUGCCCAGGGUGGAUGAACUGAUAGACCGGCUGGGAACGGCCCGUUUCAUCUCCACCUUGGACCUCACCAAAGGCUACUGGCAGGUGCCGCUGACAACUCGGGCCAGAGAGAAGACGGCCUUCGCCACACCCGAAGGCCUAUAUCAGUACACCGUGUUGCCCUUUGGUGUCCAUGGAGCCCCCGCCACAUUCCAGCGGUUAAUGGACAAGAUUCUCCGGCCGCACCAAGGGUAUGCCGCAGCCUAUAUCGAUGACAUUGUAAUUCACAGCGACGACUGGGAGACUCACCUGAGCCGACUGAGAGCUGUUCUGGGGGCCCUUCGCGGGGCAGGCCUCACGGCAAACCCAAAGAAGUGCCGGCUGGGCCUAGAGGAAGCUUCUUACCUGGGCUACCGCAUAGGACGGGGCAACGUGCGACCCCAGGAUGCCAAGGUAGAGGCCAUUCUCAGCUGGCCAAGACCCAAGACCAAGCGCCAGGUCAAAUCAUUCCUAGGUUUGGUGGGGUAUUACCAGAGGUUCAUUCCCCGCUACGCAACUAUGGCAGCCCCCUUGCAUGACCUGACGAGAAAACGGGGGCCGGACAAGGUCAAAUGGAACACCGAAGCUAACGGGGCCUUUGAGUGCCUACGACAGGCUUUGUGCACCAAACCGGUGCUAGUAACGCCUGCCUUCUAUCUCCCAUUCCUAGUCCACACAGAUGCGUCGGAAGUGGGACUGGGCGCAGUACUAUCUCAGGUACGAGACGGAGAGGAGCACCCGGUGAUGUAUAUCAGCCGAAAGUUUCUGCCAAACGAACGCGCUUACUCUACUGUGGAGAAGGAGGCGCUCGCCAUAAAAUGGGCACUGGACAAGCUUCGCUACUACCUCCUGGGGCGGAGUUUCACCCUGGUGACCGACCAUGCCCCCCUGAAAUGGAUGGCGCAGGCAAAGGACUCCAACGCCAGGGUCACCCGCUGGUUCCUGACCCUCCAGGACUAUAAAUUCACGGUGGAGCACCGACCAGGGAAGGAACAUGCUAAAGCGGAUGCACUGUCCCGGCGGGACGUUUGUAUGUGGGCGGGACGGCGGGGUCCCGGCUUUCUGCUGGGGUGGGGGAGUUGUGGCAACCCACGGGUGCAGGUCCCUAGGAGCACCAAUCAGCACCAAGAAACAGCCGAGGCCUACAGCAGACUCAACACGCCAGGGGAAGAAAAGCCCGGCAACGCACUGGAUCAACAGAGGAAGAGCCCGACACAACAACAAGGCCAAAGCGCUUCGCAACAACAUGAACAGAGCCGGGAUGCGCUACAAACCAGGGAGCACUGGCGCAUAUAA